GAGGAAAAGACACCUCCUGUUCAAGCAUGCCAGAUGGGCGGCCUUGCCGGACACUUCAGGUUACAGUGCUCCAGUUUGCAUGCUUGGUGUGUCAAGUUGCCGGUGAGGUAGCGGUGGACUUUCUGUGGCCUAUUCAUGUGAGCAAAGUUCCCUUAUCGAAAUCCAGUGUUGAAUCGCUCGAACCAAAAGAGUUCGGAGAGAACGGAACCUCCUUCGCUCCUGAAUUUGGACCUCCUCCGGACCCUGCUCCGGAACCUCCUCCAGAACCUGCUCCGGAACCUCCUCCAGAACCUGCUCCAGAACCUCCUGAGGAACCUGCCCCGAAAGCUUCGCUGUUGGGGAUAAAUCUUCAAAAGCGAUCGUAGGGGUGAGGCUUUUGCAUUGAGACAUGAAGGCUUGAGCUUGUGACAGCACAUAACUCAUCAUAACAUAUCGUAACUCCAACUGCCCCGGACGACCCCAACGCUUUUGACUCCGUGCGUCACUUUGUUUGGACCGAAGCAAGGUGCUGGCCAAACUGGCCCUCCAGGGUUUUGAGGCACCUUCCAGAGAGCAGAAAACGCUAAAGCCACAUUGUGAUAUCUUCCUUUGCUGCUACUUUUGUAUUACUUUGUGUUCUGUCACUUUUUUGUUUGCUUCAUUGCUCCCUUCGCAGGACUAUGUCAACAAGACAUUACCCGUCGAGCUUGAGCUUGACAAACAAUUUGCCGAUGAGUUCCACACGGCGGACCACUCAAGAGUCAACCUAGCGUUUCGUCG